UCGACCUUAAUACGGACGGGUUCGGAUUUAUGGAACGGCAAUUGUAUCGUGCAUUCAGCUAUCCGAAAUUACUACAGUUCGAAAGUAAAUGCUGCAAUCGAGCACACAGCUGACGAAGAGUAGAGAAAAAUUCAACCGUCCAAUAUUUGAAAAACUAUGCUUCGCCAGUCAAAACGGCGCUGCUGCACUUUCCGUGAGGCCCGGAAGGCCGAAACUCACUUCGGUUCGGACUUUGCUCUAGAACACACGCAGCGUGAAUACGUACGUCCCUGAUGGUCGUGAACAGCCAGUCAGUGAUCAACGGCGCGCAACACCGGGCUGCAAUUCGAGUGGAAACUGACGAAGCAGUCAGCUGACAAGCAUCCAGCAGAAAUACCCAAAUGGUGCGGGAUUCAGAAUUGAAAACAACAUAUUGAAAGGCGACGAGGUCCACUUUAACGUUAAUUACAAUAAUGUUGGGAGGUUUGUACUGGAUAAAUUGGAAAGUAAUCCAGAUGCGCCGAGUCAGGUAAAUGUGUGGGCUUGCAAAAUGUACAAUGAAAAGUCUAAGCUGUGGCUGGUUUGAUUGUUUAGAGUUACAUUUAGUUCGAGCAUAGUAAAGAUAGCGAUUGCAUAAGAGUUACAUUUAGUUCGAGCAUAGUAAAGAUAGCGAUUGCAUAAGAGUUACAUUUAGUUCGAGCGUAGUAAAGAUAGCGAUUGUAUACCCUGAUUCAGAUUGAUACCGCCACCGGUAAAGUAUACGCAUGUAAAGAGGUCAGAGAACGAAGCGUUAGGUGCGCUCUGUGGAUGAGGUCACAGGGCUUGCUUCCACGGGACGUCGUCGCGAUCUGUAGCGAACAUCAUUUGGACGCUGCGUUGCCCUACUUUGCGUCAUUGUACCUCGGAGCUACCUUUAGUCUUUCGAGUACUUCGCUGGAAAUAGCGGACUUUCACCACCGGUUUACCAUCCUCGGACCGAAAAUGAUAUUUGUCAGUGAGAAUGCAGUCGCAGCUGUUACCGCGGCCGUUAAAGCAGCAAAAAUUGAUCCAAAAAUAAUUGUUUUUGGCCAAUCUUCUGGUUUUCUCGACUUCGAGAGCGCAAUUGCAGAACCAAGUGCCGACCAAGUCAGAAAUUUUGAGUGUACCCCGAUCGAGUCCUCGAGAGAAACUGCUUCGAUAAUGUUUUCCGCCGGUACAACUGGUUUGUCAAAAGCUGCCGAGAUAAGCCACGCAUCUCUCCUGAUGCAAGCGUGCGCAACAUCAGAACAGUUCGGUAUGGCCGGAAAAAUUUGCCUGCACUUUGGAAUAUUUGAUUGGAUCACUGCGAUACACUUUACAUUCAUGAGUCUAUGCUUGGGAAUUCCUAGACUGAUAGUAAAGGCCUUCGAAGAGCAGUCAGCAUGCGCCUUGAUGGAAAAGUACAAAGUAAACUGGGUUUUCAUGUCUCCGAGUAUGAUCAACAAAUUAGUGAAAUCCAACGCGUUGGAAACACACGAUCUUUCAUCCCUGAAUCGAUUUAUGUAUGCCGGGGCACCGUUAUCCGCAACGUCUUACGAAGCCCUAGUCAAGCACUUGCCUAAGGCCCAGAUCACCGGAGCUUACGGAAUGACGGAGCUCGGUGGUUACUUGGCAAUUCAGCCGACUAACUCAAGGCCUGACCAGGGCUCAUGCGGCAAAAUUCUUGAGAAUGCCCAGGUGAAGGUGAUCGAUCCGGAUUCAGGGCGCAUAUUAGGGACCGGAGAAAAGGGUGAAUUAUUGCUGAGGACUGCCUUCAUGAUAAAUUCUUAUUACAAAAAUCCUGAAGCUACAGCUAAGAUCAUUGACAAGGAAGGAUGGAUCCACUCCGGGGAUCUCGGAUACUACGACGAAAAUGGGAAUAUUUUUGUCAUCGACAGAAUGAAGGAGUUGAUCAAGUAUCAUGAUCAUCACAUAUAUCCAUCCGAAAUCGAGAGCUUACUGCUUACUCAUCCCAGAGUCAAGGAAGUCGCCGUCGUCGGCCAACCUCGUCCUGGUGCCGACGAUCGUCUUAUGGCUUUUGUGGUCACGACAGUGAACUCCUACAAUAUCAGCAACGAGGUCAUUAGAGCGGAAUUAGUUGACCUCGUGGCCGCCGAACUUUCAGAUUACAAACAACUUCGUGGAGGCGUCUCGUUCCUUGAACACAUGCCGAAAUCGCCGGCUGGGAAGAUCCGACGUGAAAAACUGCGACAAUUGGCAAGAUAUAUGCUAAGAGCUGAAGCCGCGGCUUGAAAUGUGACCGCAGCUGUCGAAAAUUGACUGAUUAUAACCAUCUGAACUCAGUUAAAGAUAGUAUAUUACGUACCAAGGGCGGCAAAUGACCCCUCGCUUUUGGUAUACACCAUUUUUUUGUAACACAUGAACAGAUUUUGCCUUUUUUCCCUUACUGAAAGUCCGUGAUCAAUUCGCAUUGCUCAAUGAAGUGAUAUAUGUAUUUUUUAAUACACUUGUCUGAAUAGUGGGGCUUUGCGUAUAAACAAUUCACCGGAACGAAAGUAGCCAAUUUCAUCUCAAUGCUGCAAGGAUCGGUUCGCAACUCCUUCCCGGUGCAAGUUGAUACAACUAUAAGAAAUGUUUGAAAAUAAAAAAUAAAAUUUAUGGAAAUGAUCGUUUAUUAAACACAGUAGUAUAUUUCGAAAUCUUAAGACCGAUGUUGCAAAAAAAUAAUACGAGAUUAUACACUUCAUUACGAAAUAAUACGAGUAGAUAAUGUUUCGAAAAAUAAUAAUAGAUUAGCAGGUUGAAAUGAAUUUACCUCGAAAUACUAAAAAUAGUGACAUGUAAAAAGGGUAUAACUA